AUGAGUGGUGAACUGGCAAACUAUAAAAGAUUAGAAAAAGUUGGUGAAGGUACAUAUGGUGUUGUUUAUAAGGCUUUAGAUUUACGUCAAGGCCAAAGAAUUGUAGCUUUGAAGAAGAUUCGAUUAGAAAGUGAAGAUGAAGGUGUACCAAGUACAGCCAUUAGGGAGAUUUCAUUAUUAAAAGAAUUAAAGGAUGAUAACAUUGUCAGAUUAUAUGAUAUUGUUCAUUCUGAUGCCCACAAGUUGUAUUUAGUGUUUGAAUAUUUAGAUCUUGAUUUAAAAAGAUAUAUGGAAAGCAUUCCAAAGGAUCAAUCAUUAGGAGAUAGUGUGAUCAAGAAAUUUAUGAUGCAGCUUUGUAAAGGUAUUGCAUAUUGUCAUGCACAUAGAAUUCUUCAUCGAGAUUUAAAACCACAGAAUUUAUUAAUUAAUAAAGAAGGAAAUUUAAAACUUGGUGAUUUUGGGCUAGCUCGUGCAUUUGGUGUUCCAUUAAGAGCAUAUACUCACGAAAUUGUUACAUUGUGGUAUAGAGCACCGGAGGUGUUACUAGGGGGUAAACAAUAUAGUACAGGUGUUGACACAUGGUCUAUUGGUUGUAUAUUUGCUGAAAUGUGUAACCGUAAACCUAUAUUUAGUGGUGAUAGUGAAAUUGAUCAAAUUUUCAAGAUUUUUAGAAUUUUGGGAACACCAAACGAAUCAGUUUGGCCAGAUAUUGUGUAUUUACCUGAUUUUAAACCUACUUUUCCCCAAUGGAGAAGAAAGGAUUUAUCGCAAGUUGUACCAAGUUUGAAUGCACAAGGUAUUGAUUUAUUAGACAAAUUAUUAGCAUAUGAUCCAAUUAAUAGAAUUAGCGCCAGACGUGCUACAAUGCAUCCGUAUUUCCAAGAAUAA